AUGUCCGAGCCUUCACUCUCGGCGCUGUCCCUGUCCGACAACCCAGGGUUGACGCGGGCCGAGACUCCUCGUACCGGCCACGGUGAGGCAUUUGUUGACGCACGCGUUGCCACUCCGCAACCGACGGGCGCUGAACUGGAAGAGCUCGCCAUCACCAACGCAGCCCAUGCCUCCCACAUGGCCGUCGUCGACACGGCCUCCUCGUACCCAGCUGCGCUCGGACCGCCUACUUCACCUUCCAUUAGCGGUGCGGACGUCGAGGCCGACCCCAUCCUGCACCACAUUGCGCACACGCAGCCGACCGCCACCCCGUUUCGUGCACGCGCCGCCCCUCUGUCGACGCAUUACGAGGGUGUUGGUCCACGCCUCACAAAGUCGGCGGCGCUGCGCCAGGGCUUGGAGUGGGAGGACCCGCGCGACCUGCGACGCAGCGCCACCAGCAGCGAAGAAGCACAGGCAGGCAUCUUUGACAAUGUUCCCGGCCACAAGCGCGCAGGCCUCCAAGUGAAUGUCGACUCUCUUGCAGAGCCAGUUGUCGCCCCACGUCAAAACCGUGCUGCCAUGCUUCGCCUCGGUAUCAGCGUCGAAGAGCCUACGCGUGACAUGGCCGCCAGUGCCGCCGCGAACAAGGCACGCGAUGCGGCCGAGCGCGCCGAACGUCGCCGCAGUAUCCAGCUGCCUAUCAACCUCACCCACCCCGAAUCUCUUCCUCGACAGAACCGUGCUGCCCUGUUGCGUCUUGGACAGCUGCCUGCGUCGCACGGCCGUGACCCCCGCGAUGUCGCCGAGCAGGCGGUCUUGAACAAGGAGAGGGAGGCCGCCGAGCGCCUGGCCAAGCGCAAGAGCGUGGUGCUUCCAGCGAGCCUGGCUGCUCCGACGAUUCAACCACGCUUGAACCGCUCGUCCAUGCUUCGUACCGGUGAGGCUGCACCAACGCCUAGGGCACCCGCCGCGCGCCCCAUGUCAAUGUUCGUCCCCAAGACGACCGAGACUGCGUCUCGCACAACUGCCCAGCGUUUCGCAGCAGACAAGGCAGAGAAGGCUGCACGCCGUGCGAGCAUGACCACCCCGCUUCGCUCGCUUGCCGCGCCCGUCAUUGCCCCUCGCACAAAUCGCGCCUCGGCGCUCCGCACCGACAAGCCGGCUCCCCUCUCCCUUUCCCGAACGACCUCCACCUCGUCGCUCACGAGCAUGAGCACGCGUACCAGCAACCUUAACCCGGCCCCUCUCAAGCCUGUACCAGCACCCAUGCCCUCCCCUCGGUCAAAGUACCUCGCGCCCCGCCCUGCCCCUGUCCCACCAAAGCACAGGCCCAGCGCGAGCAUAUCGUCAGAGCUCUCGGGCGGAGUGUCGCGGUCUUCAUCACCAGGCUCGGACAAGCGUGACUCCAUCUUCCGCAGGCUCAGCCUCAAGCCUUCGGUCACAACGUCGUCAGCCAGCAGUGGACCUCGUCCCACGAAAUCGAGCCUCCUCCGUGAGGGACUCGGCGCCAAGAUCGGCAAGUCGGUCAGGUGA